AUGCUGCUCGACGUGCUGUUCCCCGAUACGUUCAGUCAGAUCUUCUGGAUGGUCUUCAUGGCUGUCACGGUCAUCCCAGUGUGCCUAAUCCCCACCUUGAAGGAGGCGUCUUCCGUUGCGCUUAUGGGGUGCCUCAGUACGAUCAUAGCUGACGUCGUCGGAGUUUCCAUUCUGGAAUGGGAGAUGCGGGGUCACCCGUCGAUCCCGAAGCCUGAUGUGUCACUCCACCAAGUGGUGACUGCAUUCGGUAAUCUGGCACUUGCGUACGGGGCUGCUGUGGUGAUCCCAGAUCUACAACGUCAACACUCUCAACCGGAGCGGAUGCCACGCAUCAUUAUGGUCAGCAUGGGGAUCGGUACGGUUUUCUUUCUCGCCAUUGCCAUUGCCGGCUACGCUGCUGGAGGAUGUCAGCUUUCGGGCAACCUCCUCUUCUCGGCUGUCAACACGUCGGACCCGUACGCGACGUCGGCUCUGGGCUUCAUCCCCAGCCGCGGUGCUGUCAUCAUGGCCUACAUGUUCAUGCACGUGCACAUUGUGAUCGCUUUCUCGACGAUCACGAUGCCGGCGUUCUUUAUGGCGGAGCGAUUCCUUCUGGGAAUGCACAAGUACCAACCUGUCGUGGCAAAGUACGAAGACGAAUUCUCCGAGUACCGUGGCAAGCUCAACAUGCUGCGCUACAUCCUUCUUCGACUAUGUAUCCUCGCCCUACUUGUGGUGGCGUCGGUGUUUCUGCGGGACAACUUCCUUGAUCUCGUCGACUUCACGGGUGCUUCGGCCGUCACGGCCGGCAGCCUCGUGUUGCCUCUACUUUUCUAUCUGAAAGUCUUCUGGAACCAGUUACCAAUGUAUGAGCGUGUCGGGGCUAUGGUGAUCAUCAUUGUGUCCUCGGUUUUGGGCGUGUACGUCAUGAUCUACGCCGGUAAGAACCUGUUCAACCCAGAUUCGGACACGGCGACGUUCCCCUACUGCUCGGAAGAGUUUCAGUCGGAUCCGUACUAUGUGAGAAACUCUACUAUGUCGGCUGUAAGCUUAGUCGUAGUUAUUAGCUUUCAAGAAAUAAAAAGUUAUUGCAGUUGUUGA